UUUUGGAAAUCCUAAGAGACGGAGAGAAACUUUUUUUUUCUUGCUGGCGUCGUUGAUGAGGAGCUCUGCCAAAAAUAAUCCAAGGCACACAACAACAACAACAACAAAGAAAACAUACUUGUGUAGUACAAGGUGGGGGGGGGGGGGCAAGCUGAAGGAGAAAAGGCACAAAGUGUUUCUGAACCAUUGCGCCACAAGUCCGCAACGGGAAGAGGUAUCAUCGGCGCUCGGCUGCAUGGUUUGUUGGCGUCUGUGAUAUCUCAUUCGCCACAAAAAGACGAGACGCCUCUCCGUUACCUCCGCGCGCAAUAAUAAAUACAUGUGAUUCAGUGUUGGACGACCGUCUUCAGCCGACACUUUAUUCGACAGUGACUUGAGAUUCCUGCGAAGCAAUUGGGCUUCAACUCCCGACCAGAGGAGGCGGAGUCUUAACUUAUUAAAAGGAACUUGCCGAGGCUUGGACGCCCGCAAAUAUGAUGAUGAUGUCUCUGAACAGCAAGCAGCCUUUUGCCAUGGCCCACACCAGCUUGCCCGAACCCAAGUACUCGUUGCAUUCCUCCUCGUCCUCCACUCUGACUUCCAAUGCACCUUCGUCCUCCUGCUCAUCCUCCCGACACAGCAGCACCAUCAUCAGCAGCAGCAGCAGCAGCAGCUCGGAGGCGAUGCGCAGAGCCUGUCUCCCAACCCCACCGAGCAAUAUAUUCGGAGGCUUGGAUGAGAGUUUAUUGGCCCGGGCUGAAGCUCUAGCGGCGGUGGAUAUAGUCUCGCAGACCAAGAGCCACCACCACCCACCACAUCACAGUCCCUUCAAGCCGGACGCAACCUACCACACCAUGAACACUCUCCCCUGCACGUCGUCUUCCUCCUCUUCCUCCUCGGUGCCUAUCUCUCAUCCAUCCGCCCUGGCUGGCCACCAUCACCACCACCACCACCAUCAUCACCAGCCUCACCAGGCACUGGAGGGGGACCUGCUGGAUCACAUCACCCCUGGACUGGCACUAGGAGCCAUGGCAGGACCGGAUGGCUCGGUGGUUUCCACGCCUGCGCACCCUGCCCACAUGGCGGGCAUGAACCACAUGCACCAGGCAGCUAUCAACAUGGCUCAUGCCCACGGGCUACCGCCGCACAUGGGCAUGAACGACGUGGACGCCGAUCCAAGGGACUUGGAAGCCUUCGCGGAGAGGUUUAAGCAGAGACGGAUCAAACUCGGGGUUACCCAGGCGGAUGUAGGGGCAGCAUUAGCCAGUCUGAAGAUUCCUGGGGUGGGCUCCCUCAGCCAAAGCACCAUCUGCCGAUUCGAGUCCCUCACGCUCUCACACAACAACAUGAUCGCUUUGAAGCCCAUCCUGCAAGCGUGGCUAGAAGAAGCCGAGAAAUCACACAGGGAGAAACUUAAUAAACCCGAGUUGUUCAACGGCGCGGAGAAAAAGAGGAAGCGCACGUCGAUAGCCGCACCGGAGAAGAGAUCGCUGGAGGCCUAUUUUGCCAUUCAGCCGCGUCCCUCCUCGGAGAAAAUCGCAGCAAUCGCAGAAAAGCUGGACCUGAAAAAGAACGUGGUGCGCGUCUGGUUUUGCAACCAGCGACAGAAACAGAAACGAAUGAAGUACUCUGCAUGCGUCUGAAAAAAAACCCCACCACCCUCAAAAAGACUUGGAACUGUUUAGAGAUGAUUUGUAUCAUAUUUCCUAUCUCACACCUUUUUUUCAAUCAUCGAUGACUUUGUGCUUUGAACUUCGAAAAAAAAAUCCUGAAAUCGAACAAUGACUGACAAAAAAGAAAAAGAGAGAGAAAAAACUCGAGAGAGAGAAAGAAAAAACAGAUCCAGUCACGUCUUUUACUCGCUGAGAGGAAGAUGUGGAGUCAAGUAAAGCGUCGUUUGACAGAGCAAGUAAGACCACUGUUUCCACACUUACUAUGCUUCACCUUUUUAAUGCCAACGCAGUAUGACUUACAGGACUCUACGCUUUAAUUUGUAUUUAUAAUUCAUUUCAAAUGGUGACUAUAGUUUGGCUUAGAACUCCCACCUUCCCCACCCUCAAAGUGAAAAUAGCGGGGCCAUUUAACUCAAAGCACUUGGUUGGUGAAUAUUGGUGUUUAUAUUUUUGGCUUAUAGGAUAAGCUAUAUCCCCCCAGCCCCCCUCCAAGUUCAUGACAGUGCAGUCUGACAUUUAUUCAGGGUCCACGAGGGGGAUUAAGAGGACGACACACCACUUGUUCUUUUAAGCUAAUAUUAGAUUACUGCCAAAUAUCCUUGUGUAAAUGAAUAACUUCCUUGUCUCACACACACACAUACACACACACACUUCAUUUUGUGUCUAAAUGUGUAACUAAUUCCACUUAUUUUUGUUACCACGUGUGCUCAAAGUCGGGGAUCUAUUUUUCAAGAUACCCUGGGUUUGGAUUAAGUUAAGGUUAAUAUUAUUCUAAUUAUUAUUACUAUUAUUAUUAUUAUUAUUAUUAUUAUUAUUAGGCCUCAGUAUGUGGGAUUAUCAAAACAGGGAGUGACUGGGAUGGCUUCUACAGAUUUUUUUCGCUAUUUAAAAGAAAAUUUGAUUUCUCGCCGGCUACAAUAAGUUUACAAUCCAGCGUGGGCCGGUGUCUUAUGAAGUAUUUAUUGAGUGAGGUCAUGUUUACUUCAUUAUAUAUUUAUUGGGAUUCCCCCCACCCCCCAACACUACCACCCCACCCCCCUUCUCCUCCUCCUCCUCGUUUUGCUUGAGGAAAUCAAAUUCUGACAGCAAGUUAAGCGUGUUGUUCUGGUUUAAAGGGAAACGACUGUAAAACGUACAGUCACAAAAAAUUUUUUUUACGACUUUUAACGUCUGAGAUGGUACAAUCGAGAUAUAUAUGAGAUAGUAUUCUGUUUUUUAUAUUAUUUUAUGUAUGUUUCCCCCCUCUCCUGCUAUUUAUUUGUAUAAAUAUACGCGCAUCGUUAUGGAGUCGUUGCUUGUUAAAUCACCUUGUUUAAGUAAUGUUUUGUUUUUGUUUUUGUUUUUUUGUUUUUCUUGAAGAGAAAAAGAAACAGCUUCAUGGAAGUAUACGUGUACAAUGUAAAUAUUUCAUUGGAACCAGUCGAUGCACAUAAAUAUAUCCGUACAGGUUUUUGCUGUAUUGCUGUUUAGCUGAGGUAACUUAUUUCUGUAAUGUAUGUUGCUUUUGGUUCCCUGGUUAAAUAAUUCUAUUAAUUUAUUACAUCCAUGUAAUUU